GAUGCGUGCGUCCCUCUGGACAUAUGAAUGACGCUGACAUCUUGUCUCAUAGGGCGAGUCUGCUCUGAAGUCCAAGUUUUACGGAAAGUCGUUCGACAUUAACCUUUUAGGGACAUGGUUUUUAAAGCUACGGCCAGCAUCUGGAGGAGAGGAGCUGUAUACUUGGAAGAAGGUCACAUCUUCCGUUAUUGGCAUCAUCACCGGUAGCCCCACAGUGGACAACUAUGGCCUGAUGGAAAUCAAGAAUUGGACCACAGGCGAAAUUUGCUAUUUGGAUUUCAAACCAAGGGGCUGGAAGGCUUCAUCCGCAUAUCAGGUGACGGGCAAGGUCGUGGAUCGGGAUGGGUCGCCCAAGUGGAGUAUCGGUGGCCGAUGGAACGAUAAGAUCUACGCGCGCCAUACCCCAGGGUUCGAGGCGACAGUUUCCGGCCAGGAUCCUGAAUCGGCCAAGACGUUCCUGGUCUGGCAAAGCCAUGAUCGGCCGAGCGGGAUUCCAUUCAACCUCACACCAUUCGUCAUCACUCUGAACGCUUUGCCCGAAGGGCUCAAGGAAUGUCUCCCACCUACCGACACACGACUUCGACCCGAUCAGCGUGCGAUGGAGGAGGGUGAGUAUGAUUUAGCCGCCACGGAGAAACAUCGAGUGGAGGAGAAGCAGCGCGCCAAGCGGAGAGAAAGAGAGACGAAAGGCGAGGAGUAUAAGCCCAAAUGGUUCAGUAGGGCCAAGUGCCCGGUCACUGGUGAAGAGUAUUGGGCACACAACGGACAAUACUGGACGAGUCGCGAGAGCGGCGACUGGAGCGCCUGCGAGGACAUCUUCUAACUUGGUACUGUUUGACUUGGGGUUCGCAAGCGGACUGUCUCUACCUAUGUAAUUAGAACCCAGUGGAUCCGUGCCUUUGCUAUUAUUCAUCUUUUAGUUUUACUCCCUCGUAACUUAAG